GCAGCGGCGGCGGAGGAUUUGGAGAGGAGGCGAAAAUGGUGAAGUUCUUGAAACCUCACAAGGCGGUGGUGGUGCUCAAUGGCCGUUUUGCUGGCCGGAAGGCGGUGAUCGUCAGGCAAUUCGACGAAGGCACUCGUGAUCGUCCCUACGGCCACUGCCUCGUCGCCGGGAUCGCCAAGUAUCCGAAGAAGGUGAUUCGUAAGGAUUCGGCAAAGAAGACGGCCAAGAAGUCUCGUGUGAAGGCAUUCAUCAAGCUCGUGAACUACAACCACAUCAUGCCGACGAGGUACACGCUUGACGUAGAUCUGAAGGACGUCGUAACGGUCGAUACGCUUCAGUCGCGGGACAAGAAGGUGACGGCUUGCAAGGAGACCAAAGCACGGUUCGAGGAACGAUUCAAGUCAGGGAAAAACCGUUGGUUCUUCUCGAAGCUCCGUUUCUGAGGAUAAGAUGAGUUUUUUCAAGUUUCAAUUUUGUUAUGUUCGUCAAUAUGAUGAUAGACUCUGAUUACUGGUUCUUCACAUUUAUUUUUGAUAUGUUUCAUUCAAGUAAUUUCUGUUGCAAUUGGAAUGAAUUUCAGAGGAUUAAUCGGAUGAACUUCAUGUUUGUGACCGAA